ACAAUGUUAUCUCUCUCUUGACAGAAAAAGAAACAGGUGUACUCCAUUAAAAGAAUUAAUAAGAAAGUACUUAGAAAAAGUAAAACAAGAUGGAGUCUUGAACAAAGUGCUGUUUGGGGGUCUUGUUUUCCUCAAAUUCCAAACUUUCUUCUUCUACUUCACCGACCUUCAACUUCUCCCAUGUGAAAAUAGAAACCCCUUUUAUAAAAAAAAGAAGCUUUUUUUAGUAAUCUUGAGAUUGAUACUACUUUUGGGGUUCUUUAUUUUGGGGUUGUUGACUUGGGAACUGAAAGUCUGAAAUGAGUAUUGUUUGAAUUAGUCAUUGAUUGGUUUUAAGCAAUGAAGAACACAAUGAAUUUCAAAAGUAGAGGAGUUGAAUCAGCUGGAAGAGGUGUUUUUUCUAGGAAAUUGACUAUUCUUCUAUGUAUUGGAUGCUUUUGUGCUGGGAUGCUCUUCACUGACAGGAUGUGGACAGUGCCAGAAGCUAAAGGCAUUUCAAGGACAACACGGAUUGAUGAUCGAAAACUAGGGGUAGUUUCUGAGGACUGUGAUCCUACAAAAAAAGAUGUGAAAAGUGAAUCCAAGGAUAUUUUCGGGGAAGUUUCGGAAACACAUCACGCUGUACAAACCUUGGAUAAAACAAUUUCAAACCUAGAGAUGGAACUAGCUGCGGCAAGAUCUUUGCAAGAUUCUAUACUGAGUGGAUCUCCCAUAACCGAAGACGUAAAGAUCCCUGAAUUGACCAAGAAGAGAAAAUAUCUCAUGGUCGUAGGGAUAAACACUGCCUUCAACAGCCGAAAAAGAAGAGACUCGAUCCGUGCUACCUGGAUGCCACAAGGUGAUAAGAGAAAGAAGCUAGAGGAAGAAAAGGGUAUUGUAAUUCGUUUUGUGAUAGGUCACAGUGCAACAUCAGGUGGCAUUCUUGAUAGAGCAAUUGAAGCAGAAGACCAGAAGCACGGAGAUUUCUUGAGGCUGGAACAUGUUGAGGGGUAUCUUGAAUUAUCCGCCAAGACAAAGACCUAUUUUACUACUGCUGUUGCGCUGUGGGAUGCUGAUUUCUAUAUUAAAGUUGAUGAUGAUGUACAUGUAAAUAUAGGUGCACUAGGAGCAACUCUGCUUAGACAUCGUUCAAAACCCCGUGUAUAUAUCGGUUGCAUGAAAUCUGGUCCCGUCCUUGCUCAGAAGGGAGUGAGAUAUCAUGAACCUGAGCAUUGGAAAUUUGGUGAGGACGGAAACAGAUAUUUUCGACAUGCAACAGGGCAGCUAUAUGCCAUUUCAAAAGAUUUAGCCACUUAUAUAUCUAUAAAUCAGCACGUUCUGCACAAGUAUGUUAACGAGGAUGUCUCUCUUGGGUCAUGGCUCAUUGGAUUGGAUGUGGAACAUAUAGAUGAUAGAAGAUUGUGUUGUGGAACUCCACCUGAUUGUGAGUGGAAAGCUCAAGCAGGCAACAUUUGUGUUGCUUCCUUUGAUUGGAGCUGCAGCGGGAUAUGCAGGUCGGUGGAUAGGAUUAAGGAGGUUCAUCGACGUUGUGGGGAAGGCGAAAAUGCUUUGUGGAAUGCAGUCUUUUGAUAAAAUGCAGUAUUUCUCCAAUCUCUGGAGAGACUUCAAGAACAUCAUACAAACACGAGAGAAAAAACAAGAAUUCGCCGAAACAUCAGAGAGAGAGGGAGAGGGGUUGCCACUGUAUCUGCUCCAAAUAUUAUUAGCUAAGGAGGGGAUAGAAUUGUAGCAACCAGUUUCAUUUGAAGCAAAAGUGUAAACAACCAUUCUUUUUAGAUGCUUAGAACAUAAUUUGUUAGUCUUGUGAGAGGAAACUAAUAAAUGUAUCUUUCAGCAAGUGCUUUGCUGCUUUCAUAUAUGAAAGUAUUGAAAUUUUCCUUUA